AUGCAGAAUAUCUCCACUUCUUUUACGGUCCGACGCGUACCAAAAGAGAUCGUCAAAAUCGAACAGUUACAAUAUACUAGUGGUAUCGAGUUUACAGAUAACGGGUUACCUCAACUAGUUUAUUCUCCAGGAGAGGUCCUCUAUGUUGGAGAGCUAAGCCCUGCAAUCGAUAAGGCGUGGGAUGAAUUAAUUAAGGGGCGGUACUUCUCUAUUUCAGAGAAUAAAGCUAAAGAACUAUGGGGGGAAAAGUAUAAGGACUAUCGAGACAGAAUCGACGGAGGAUUUACAGGCGGAUUUGAUGUAUUUCAUAUACUACACUAUCUAAAUCAUAUCCGUAUGGCACUACACCCAGAUUACUAUAAUCUAGAUAGUUUGCACGGACUGGUUCACCAGCUUCACUGUAUUGAUCAUAUUCGUCAAUCGCUUCAAUAUUCGGCAAGUAUAACUAUAUCCCCAACGAGAUUUCGACCAUCUAUUAGGCAUAACUACGUUGAGUCUAAGCAGCUUCAGACCUGUCAAAAUUUUGGAAGCAUACGUCAGUUUGCUUGGGAGCGGUAUAACGGCACACUAGCAGUGCCGCGGAAGGACGGUGGGGACUAG